CUUCUCACAUCCACAGCCAUAAAUGCAUGGGUCUCGAUCAACACUUCAGCUGAUCGAGUAGUUUCUUUGCUAGCUUCUCCUUCUCUUAGUCUCUAAUAUUCCUUUACUUUAUUUACUACUUCUACCACUUUCACAACAUAACUAUAAGAAAAAAAAAGUUCAAAAAAAAAAAUGGAAGACGGGUCUCAUUGCCUGAAGCUCUUUACGAUUGUGCUUUUUUGCUUGAGCUUGGUUUCGGCUCACCGUGUUCAUGAAUAUGACAAGCAUCCACUAUCCAAGUUCAACGUUUAUAAAACCACUCUUGGAUUCCGUGACUCGGUCAUCAUUACAGCGACACCACUCAUUGUCGGCUCCAAGGGUGAGGAUACAGCAUGGGUUACUGUGGAUCUUGUAAACCCUGAUCCUUCCGAUGAUGAUUGGGUUGCAGUUUAUUCUCCUGCAAAUUUCAACUCAUCAACUUGUUCAGUGGAAAAUGAUGAAUUCCAGUCUCCAUAUUUAUGUACAAGCCCGAUAAAGUACAAGUACGCAAAUUUCUCCAAUGCAAACUAUAACCAAACAGGCAACAAUACUUUGAAGUUCCAAUUGAUCAAUCAACGGGCAGAUUUCUCCUUUGCAUUUUUUUCAGGCGGUUUGUCAAAUCCUGUGUUGGUCGCAGUUUCAAAUGUCAUAACAUUUUCCAAUCCAAAAGCACCUUUAUAUGCACGCCUAGCUCAUGGAAAGUUAUGGAAUGAAAUGACAGUAACUUGGACAAGUGGCUAUUCCAUAGAUGAAGCUGUUCCAUUUGUUGAGUGGGGUUUGAAGGGAGAAGAAACACGUACACGGUCCCCUGCUGGAACAUUGACAGUUGAACAAAACAGCAUGUGUGGUGCGCCUGCACGAACAGUUGGCUGGCAUGAUCUUGGUUUCACACAUACAAGUUUCUUGACAAAUUUGUGGCCAAACACUGUGUACUCCUACAGGAUGGGUCAUAUCUUAUCUAAUGGUUCAUAUGUUUGGGGCAAAAACUAUACUUUCAAAUCAUCCCCAUAUCCUGGACAAGACUCCUUACAACGUGUUAUAAUAUUUGGUGACAUGGGGAAGGGAGAACGUGAUGGCUCAAAUGAAUACAGUAGUAAAGAUCCGGGUGCACUUAACACUACUGACCAACUCAUCAAGGACUUGCCAAAUUAUGAUAUAGUUUUCCACAUAGGAGAUAUAUCAUAUGCAGAUGGAUAUGUUGCAGAUUGGGACCAAUUCACAGCACAGGUGGAGCCCAUUGCAUCGGCUGUUCCAUAUAUGGUUGCCAGUGGUAAUCAUGAACGUGAUUGGCCAGAUUCAGGUUCUUUCUAUACAAGUACAGAUUCAGGUGGGGAAUGUGGUGUGAUUGCAGAGACCUUAUACUACGUUCCUGCAGAGAACAGAGCUAAGUUCUGGUAUUCAACGGAUUAUGGCAUGUUCCACUUUUGUGUAGCUGAUAGUGAGCAUGACUGGAGAAAGGGUUCAGAACAAUAUAGGUUCCUUGAGCAAUGCCUUGCAUCAGUUGAUAGACGAAAGCAACCUUGGUUAAUCUUUGUUGCUCAUCGUCCCCUUGGGUAUUCCUCUAAUGAUUGGUUUGGCGAAGAAGGCUCAUUUGAAGAGCCCAUGGGAAGAGAUGACUUGCAGAGGCUUUGGCAGAAGUACAGGGUUGAUAUCGCUUUCUAUGGCCACGUCCAUGCCUAUGAAAGGACAUGCCCCAUUUACCAGAAUGUAUGUGUUAAUUCAGAAGAAUCCCAUUAUUCGGGUACCAUGAAUGGAACCAUCCAUGUUGUUGUUGGAGGUGGAGGGCACCACCUAGGAUCAUUCUUUGACACAAUACCCAAUUGGAGUUUAUACAGAGAUGCUGACUGGGGAUUUGUCAAAAUGACAGCAUUCAAUCGCUCUUCUCUCCUCUUUGAGUACAAGAAAAGCAGAGAUGGAGAGGUAUAUGAUUCCUUCACCAUUAAUAGAGAGUACAAAGAUGUCAUUUCUUGUGUCCAUGACAGUUGUGGACCAUCCACCUUGGCGUCUUGAGCUUUAUCCUAAAUCCCUUCGAAGGAAACUUAUGUAUUAAUUAUGUUAGAACUUUUAAUCUUAAAAUUCCUUUUUGGAGGAAACUUAUGUAUGAUGCUUGUUAAUAAGCAUCAUUGCUUUGCAUUGAUGCAAAUGUUUUGUGAAAUAUAUUAAUAUCUAUUCGUGCUA